UUCAAUCGUAUUUACAAUAACAACGAUUUCAACGACCUAGGUAUUUCAAUACUUCACAUCCUGCCUUUCUUCAGUUUAAAUUCAAUUCGUAACUGUUUCAACGGUGCUCAUAACAAAGUUAAAAAGCAAGCGCGGAUCAAAAACUUUAUACAUUUUGCUGAGCAUUUGUAUUAAGCGGACGCUAUCAUACAGAUUCCUGCAAUUUGCUUUUCUUUGUUCGAAGAAACUCAUUAAUAAAAGCAAUGGAAGUUGAAACUAAAUCCACCGAAAUCCGCUGCCAAGAAAUGUCAAAGGGAGGAUUGGCAUAUGAAGUGAUCUUGGCAGAACCAGUGGGCGUGCCGGUUCCUCGUCGUGCUGACUCACCCGAAAAGACUCCCUCUGUUGAAGAAAUUCAAGAGAAGCUCAAAGCUGCAGAAGAGAGGAGACGUAGUUUGGAGGCCAGCAAGAUGGCGGCGAUUGCUCAGAAGAUGGCCAAAAUUGAGGAGGCCUCACGCAUCCGUAGUGAACAGACGAAUAACUUCAUCGUUGCCACAAAGGAAGCACUUGACGCCAAAAUGGACUCCCACGAAGAGAAACGUGAGGCGUACAUCAAUGAAUUGCGUGCACGUCUGAAGGAUCAUCUUGAAGGCGUAGAAAAGACAAGAUUGACAUUGGAACAGCAAACUGCCGAAGUUUACAAGGCGAUUGAGGAUAAGAUGAACACAGCGGCCGACAAGCGUGACGAGAACAUCAAAAAAAUGCUUGAACGUCUGCGUGAGCAUGAGGAGCAAGUCCGCAAGGUCCGCGCGGGCAACCAGGAACGCUUCAUACAGCUGGAGAGCGCUAUCCAGGACAAGUUGCAGCAGGCCGCCGACCGCCGUCUGCAGAUCGAGGCGGAGCAGCGGGAGAAGCUGCGCAACUACAAUAAUAAGCUCGCGGAGGUGCGGUCGGUAAUCACGACCAAAAUGGAGGAAAUCACCAAAGACAUCGAGGUCAAACUCACCACUGCCGAACAGAACCGAGAAAAGGAGAUUCAGAAGAAACUCGACUUUGUUAAAAAAGAGGAGCGGCGCGCGGAGCUGGUGCGGCAGAACAAGAGCGCGCGCGCAGAGAGCGAGGCGCCCACCUCCGGCUAGAGCGCGCUCGCCGACACGCCGACACGCCGACACGCAGACAUCGCCGACACGCCGACAUCGCCGACAUCGCCGACACGCCGCCGCGCCCUGGCGUCAUGCCAUAGACGUUGAUCUCAGUCGAAGCGCGUAGUCUUUUAUUUUGCGGGAGCGUGGAUCGCUCGCGGCUUCGACAUUCUGUGACGUCACUUCCAUCAUUUGAUUCGCUAAUCAUUUCCCAUUCCACGACGCAUAGCGUCGUCACGUCGACGUUCCCGGUAGUUCGCUAUGGGCGAUAUGAGUAAGAGUUUUUGUCGCUACGAAAAAUGUUAAAGUUUAUAUAUAUAUAUAUAUAUCUGCGUAAUAAGGGUUCGGCCGGUUUACCAUAGAAUGCGUUAAUAUUCAGCGGAGCGAUUGCAUCGGUGUUGUUGUAAUAAUAUGAAUUGACUCGAGAGUAAAAGAGGUAACUCAUCAGUCAGUGUCACGUCGCGGUCGGAUGUGACACCGAAUAUCUCCCUCGAUCAUGCUUAGGAUGUUUUAAAAUAAGACAUUGUUAAUUUUAAAAUUGUUUUCACUUAAAAUAAUGGGCAAUAUCGCUUAAACUAUCACGUAUCAUGGCCUACGAUUAGACAAAAAAAUGAUCAGGUUCGUAGUAUAUCUAACUAUUUGUAAUUCGAACUUCGAUAUUCUCUUGUGCUUGAUUUAUUUGUGAUCGCAAUUUCGAAUUACAAAAAGAUAAAUGGGAGUUGUUUCAUACGGGUUCCGUGUACCGAGCGAGAAUUCUAAAGUACAGCAUUUACGUCGGAACCCUAUUCGAUAUGUAUUUUUCUACGACGGAGGGAAGAACGAAAUGAAAUGGAAUUAAUCUUUAAUCGUUAGUUAUAGACUAAUAUCAUUAUUUUUAAUGUUAACAUAACGCAACAGUAUUUUAGGAAAGUAUAAUCUAAAUUUAAGUUUUUUCAUAUUAUAUCAUGAAUCACCAUUGCGCUAUAGACUGUCUUUUAUCAUAUAUUAUAUUCUAUGUAUUAAUUUUUGUAUGUAUAACGGUAGGCGAGGUAUGUACGUCGUCGCGGGUCGCGUUUGUGGUUUGGUCGAUAAUGCGUAAGUCGGUGGAUGCUUUUCCCGGAUGUUGGGCAGUUUAUUAGCACUAAACGUUACGGCCCACUACACCGGUCCAUACUAUGAACGUACCGGGCACGAAAAAAAACACGUCCGGUACUACUACGCUCACUAGAAGAUGUCAACAACGAAUCAUACAGUUCAAUAGAUUGGUAUAGAAGUAAAGUAUUGAAAAGGACAAAGGACUGUCGGCCUAUCAGCGCAUGCUACGGCGUCGAUAGAUUGAAUAUAUGUAUGUGUCCAAGCGAAUACCGUUAUGGUAUGGACAGUUAAAUUGGUCGUUAAUAUAUGUCUCAAAACUUUAUAUCUAUAUUUUUAUCUCAAAAUCUCUAUCGAAUGAAUUAUUCGACCUGUAUGAAAUAAAUUUAAAGUGCUUUUAAACUGCAAUGCCUAAAGAUCUAGUCCACGUAAAUAUAAGUACAUAAUAAUUCUUAUGAUCUCAAAACGAGCACAAUAAAAUCAAUAGUUAGAUCGAAAGCGGAAGUGCCUCAAUGUUCAUGUCGGCUCAUGGACGACAUCACUAAUGUUACGCAUAGAGCUGCCUUCAUAGCGUUUUAUAUUUUUUUAACGUAGUGGGUGGGGCGCCGCGACGCGUGGGGGUGACACGAACCGCUUCUGUGAUGUUUGCUCGUGAUAUCGUAUCGGAUACCCGAUGGGCACAAUGUAACGAUACGCGGGGUUUGCGAGACGAGUGAGGAAGGCAUAUAAAAUAAUUUUCAAUUUUUAUACUAUUAUUGUUUUAAUUCAUUUAAUAACGUCAGUCUAUUUUAUCGUCGAAGAUAUGAUAAUACUUGUAUAUAAUAUUAAGAGAUGAUGUAUCUUGCUUGGCGGCGGGGCGAGCUGCUUGCCUGCUUUCACUCCAUGUUACUAACGCUACUCGAGUAAGGGAAUUAGGUGUAAGUUACUAGCUUGUUUCUCGGUGAAGACGUGAAAACCUCUGACCAAUUUGCCUUUGGUAUUGUGUAGCCUCUUAGACUCGAGAUCGUGACGAAUCAAGUAUAGCGACGCCAACGUAUAGCUUUCUGAUAAUUAUCAAUAUAAUAUACAUUUAGUUGUUUCGUUUCGAUAACGUUAGUCACUCAACUAUCUUCUACGGUGUUAUUAUGUAUGUUCAUUUUGUAUUUUAUGUAAUUGUAAUAACUUGCUUCAGUUUGUGAGGUAUAAGAAAUUUGCUGUUUGAAGUGCAGGCAACUUUUGUAGUUUCAUUGUCGUAUUGAAUAAAGUCAUAAAUACUAAUA